UCUUUUGCUAUUGAAGGCUUUUCUGCCACACAUAGGAUUUUCAUAUUUUCAUUCUUAUAACUUGUUGAGUUUUAAACGAUACCAUAAUGACCUAUCUCUCUUCUUGUUCUUCCUUAUAAUUAUUUUGAAUCAGACGUGUCGCGUUUGUUUACAACGACAUAUUUAGUACUAUUUAUAUAACCAGCCUUGCGACAUUAUAAACCACGGUAGACACUUGCAACUGUACCUCAUACUAAUUCGAUUAUAUAUAGUGAUAUUUGACUGUUCUAUACCAUUUUCAAACAUCAAGGUUGACAAGAUGAUGUUCGAUGAUGUUAUACUAUGAUCUACAAAUUAUAAGUAGAAACAUAGAUGCAAAAUCAAAAUCAUCCUCAUCCAAACCUGUCUUGAGAGAUAAGAGAAAAAGUGAGACCAAAUUUAGUUUAACUUUACAACCACACCAAAUUGAUAAAUAUUUAUACUGUUAAUGAUUCUUCAAGAUAAUCUAAUAGCUAUAUAAUGUCCUUGUCAAAUAGAGAUAAUAUAUUUGAAUCCAUUAAUCUAAAUUCAGCAUUCAUCCAGCCCCAACAAAACAAUAUCAACAGCACCAAUAUCAAUAAUAGCAAUGGCAGCAGCAGUAACCAUCAUGGUACAGGCGCCACCAUAUCUUCAAAUCUAGCACCAAUACGUUCAAGUAAUUCCAUACCUCAUUCACUUUCAGGAACAUCUGAUGAUGAUGAUGAGUUGGAUCUUGCCGAGUUCAUUUCAGAUGAUUUGCAAUUUAACAACAAUAAUCCUCGAAAUUUACCUGAUUCAAAUGAGCAUUCGAGUCAACUUAAUGCCAGCACUAUACUUGGUGAUAGUGAUAGAAAAUCUCCUAUAGGUAACAGACCAUUAAGUACUAAUGAUAAUUCCAAUAUAUUGAUAAAUCCGCUGUUUCCAAUUAAUGGAUUAGAUUCAGAGAUGUUGAAUCAUGAUUUUCAACAACAGCUGCAAAUGUUACCAUCAGUCAUACUAGGUAAAUUCCCUAUUGAUUUAAAUAGCAUAGACAUACCCAAAAAUGAUGAUGAAACUCCAUUAGAGUUCUUGACAAGUAAAAAUGGCUUUUUAUUAAAAGAAAUGCAUAAAAAUAUUCAAAUUCAUGAAAGUUAUCUAGGUUCAGGUGAUGAAAAUUUGAAUAAAUUAAGAAGUAUGAUAUUUCAAAAUUUUGAACAAUUAUCUUUGAAUUAUUAUUCUUUGAAUGAAAUAUAUGCCAAAGAUAUAAGUUAUACCGAAUCACUCACUUCUAGCUUUCAAAAAUGGGAUAAAAAUAGAAGUAAAAUCUUAUCCAGGAUUCAAAAUAUUAAGAGUGAUAAAAACAAGCACGGAGCAAAACUAUCUGGAUUGUUAGAUGAGUCUAAUUCUAUUGAUGUAGAAAUAGGUAAACUUGAAAAACAAUUGCAAUCCUUAAGACAAAAGAAAGUCUUAAUCAAUCAAGAAAUUCAAGAUACAAGUUCUGUAUUAGAAAGUAAAACUUCUAAAUAUGUUGAAAUGUUUAAAGCUUUAGAAGUACAGGGAAGAGAAGCUGUUUUAUUGCUUUUGCAAUCUAAUGGAAUACCUAUGAAAGAGGUGGACUCAGUUAUUAAAUCAUCUCCCGUUAAAGUCACAUUCUUAGAUAACUACAACGCCAAACACCAAAUCAUUCCAGACGAACCAGUAAUAAAGCCAGAGCCUCCGAAUAGUGCAGAAUCUAUGGGAAUGCAGCCUUUUAUUAUCCCUGAAGAACCUAAGAAAGUUGUCGAUACCCAAGCUGAAUUGAAUCAUGGCCAUGGACCUACAGCUUAUGAAAAGGGAUUUGCUAAAGGUGCUCAACUGUCAAAUAAAUUAAAAUCUCAAUUGCAAUAUAUCCUAAAACUCCUAUUAAAGUCAAUACCAGAAUCUAAUUCAGUAUCCAAUUCACCAAAUGGUAGCCGUAUCGAAUCGGUAGCUGUUCCAAAUAAACCAGUCGUGGAUGAUGCAUCAAAUACUAUUACUGAGAAAUUGGAUCUUGAACCGGUAUUCAAGCUUUUAGAGCAUAAAGUUGAAGCAUUGGGAGAUUUGAUGUUGCAGACUUCUACAAAUGCAGCCAUGUUUCAUAAAUAUGGAACCGUUUGGAAAGAUGUCACAAAUAUUUUGAAAGCUCAAGAGCAUAAUUUAUUGUUCCAAAUUUCUAAUUCCAUUCCAGGAGCCGACAAUCUUAAUUCAAACAUUGCUGAUACAUUAACGAGAACCAUGAAUGAAAUUCGAAUGAUUAUAGUUAGCUUGAAUGAUUCUAAAGACAUUUUAAGCUUUCAUAAGAAGAAUAGUCCCCUUAUAAAAGUCUUGGAUAAUGAACUAAUGUCAAUACUACAAGCACUCCAAGUCGUACCUACAAAUGAUACCCUCCAACAACAGUAUAUAUCUAUAGCAGUACAGUUAAAGGAAUUAGGGUGUCUCCAGCAUUUAAAAGCUGUUACUCCUGAAUUUAACAAUAGCUCAUUUACAUUGUCCAAUGGUCUGAACCAUGUGAUUGCUGGAGAAAAGAAUACCGAUGCUAUCAAGGUACCAGAUUCGCCUAUCUUGGUACCAUCUAUUACCAAUAGAAAACUGUUAAAAGAGGAGUAAAUACUAGUAUAUAAUAUCUGUACAUAAAUAAAUGCAUAA